CCCCCCCAGACCGGUGGAUGACCAACUCCCGAGUCACCCAUUAUCAGGUACUGUUGUUGGACCCACCUUGCAUUACUUUUAAGCAGACUGCAGCUUUAAAUCCAGCCACCCUGCUCCCCAUCCCGGAAGAAGAUGUCACCCAUGAUUGCGGAGAGAUCUUGGAAGCCCUGACCUCGCUGAGAGCAGACCUGACGGACGUCCCACUGCCAGACGCACAGGAAACCCUCUACACGGAUGGAAGCAGCUUUGUGGAGGAUGGUGUGCGAUAUGCUGGCGCUGCGGUGGUCACAAGUCAGAAGGUUCUAUGGGCUAAGUCUCUACCGCAAGGAACGUCGGCACAGAAGGCUCUCACCCAAGCACUCAAGUGGGGAACAGGAAAGAAGGUGAACACCUACACUGACAGUAGGUAUGCCUUUGCUACAGUCCAUGUCCAUGGGGCUCUGUACCAAGAAAGAGGAUUGUUGAUGGCUGGAAGAAAAGCUAUCAAGCAUGCCCCAGAGAUAAUGGCCCUGCUAGCAGCCGUAUGGGGGCUGGAGAAGGUCGCCUUCAUCCACUGCAAAGGACACCAGAAAGAUGAUUUGGAGGUCUCAUGGGGCAACCGGCUGGCAGACCAGAAAGCCCAGGAAGCGGCCCAGAUUAGUGGGGACCCAGGCCCAGCUGGUAGUGGCUACUCCAGGAGAAAUCAUCAAAGAUGAAAAACCCGAGUACUCUAAACAAGAAGAGAGACUGAGCUGAAAGCUUGGGAGGAAAACCAAACAAAGACGGACGGAUCAUCCUCCUGGAUGAGAGGAUUCUGCUACCCCAGUCUCUGGGGAGACAGGUGGUCUCUCGGAUGCAUCAAGGUACACACUUGGGGGGAAACAAACUGGCUGAGCUAAUUAGUAAAUUCUAUUUGAUAGUUGGCCUGCACAGGAUCUCCCAGAGUGUGGCAGGCCACUGCGCCACAUGUGCUAGAGUCAACGCUAAUCCUGUGCGAGUGAAGGAGCCUGGAACCUGGUGGCGAGGAGAAGAACCGGGAGAGCACUGGGAAUUAGACUUCACCGAAAUGACCGGAGCUCGAGGAGGAUAUAAGUACCUCUUAGUUAUGAUAGAUACCUUCAGGAUGGGCUGAAGCUUUCCCAACUAAGAAAGAGACUUCCCAGGUAGUGGUGAAACAAUUGGUCUUUGAAAUUAUUCCCAGAUUUGGGCUCCCUUACUCACUGGCGUCUGAUAAUGGUCCAGCAUUCAUUGCCAAGGUCGCCCAACAAUUGGCUGAAACUAAAAAUCA